UAAAUAAUCCUUUUCUUUCCCUCUCUCUCUCUCUCUCUCUCUCUCCCCACACACUCUCUCUCCUCCACAAAUUCGUAUAAAUCCGAUUAUCCUCCGAUAAACAUCAAUCGGCGAGAGAGAGAAAGCGCGAGAGGUUUCAGGUUUGUACUUUCUAGGGUUUUACCACUCUCACAGCCGUAAAAAAUUAUGGGAGGUGGCGGAGUCAUGAGGUCGGUGGCAAAGGUGGCCGGGAUCGGCGGCGUUGUCCACGGUGGCAUGCUCCGCGGCGCGCCGGGCGUUUCUUCGCCGACUGGCCAUUCGGUCCGCAAGGCCUCAAUUCCCGUGGCAGUGACCCUCACGGCUCAGAAUCACGGCGGAGCUGAAGUGGCGGCGAUUGAGAAGCCUGCGUGGGACGCGGGCGACGAAUUUGUCGACUGGCAGGUGGUCGGGGCCGGAGAAGAUGAUCUGGUGAUGUCGGGCGGCGAGCCGAUGCCGAGGGUUGUCUUCGACGCUGCGCCGAGCUUCAAGGAGGCCAAAGAGGCUACCGCUGAAUUGAAAGACGCCCUCGAUAAGGUAUAUCUUUCUUCACCCAAAUCUACUGAUUUUGGGGAGCAGUCUGCUGCUGAUAAUGUGGCUGGACUGUCUCUGAUCACAAACCCUGAACCUGAGGAGAUGGAAUCCCUACUUCUUACUAGGACUUCAGUGCCGAAACAUGCUCUUCGGGCAUUUGAAAUGCUGAGUCAAAGUUCUGAAGCUCAGAAUGUUGUUGCUUCAAUUGCAAGUGACCCGAAUAUCUGGAAUGCUAUGAUGGAAAAUUCUGCGGUCAAGCAAUUUAUGGCCAACAAGAACUAUAAUCAUUACAUGGAAGAAUAUGCAGCAGAUACCUAUCCAGUUUCACACAAGAAGCUUGAAGACGAAUCAGAGAAAUCUGACCGCUUGGAAGAUAUGCUCGGUGGUUUUGUGAAGAAAAUCAAGAUGACAGUGGAGAAGUGGGUCAGCGAUUUGUCGUCAUUCAUCCAGAACAUUUUCGAACCCCCUGCAGGUGAGACUGAAGCAGAUGGAGGGAAUACAAAGUCAGUUGUAGCAUCUGCGUUCAUGGGACUAGCAGUUAUGGUUGUUAUGGUGGUCUUGCUGAAGCGUGGCUAGUUAAUUCUAGGUGAAUCUGCCGAAAAAACAAUCCCAAAUGUGUUUUAUCUCUGCCUAAUGAGCGUUGUGGAAUAAAUAAAAACAAAUUUGAUGCCGAAAGUAUUGCCAUCAGAUGAGCAGGCUGCGUGUGUAUUUCUUUAGUGUAAGUACAUCUUUUUCUUUUUCUGUUGAUAAAUGAUUUAACUGAUCGUUUAAUCAAAUAGAGAAGCUAGUUAGAUAGCAUGUACAGCUUAUGCAGCUUCGGUGCUCGGAUUAUUGUUAUGGUCAACUUUCUGUGAAUGUUUUGUUGUAAGGUUUUCGUUAUGAUUUAUGCGUUUAGAA